UGUCUGAACUUCUUGGAGCAAUGCAAUGCAUGCCCUUCAAGUAGGUGAUAUGGAUUCUGCCUAUGGCGAAGUUCUCUCUACAGGGGAUGAUCUCUUGCUUAUAAAGCUAAUGGAUAGAUCAGGCCCUAUGGUUGAACAACUAUCAAAUGAGAUAGCAAAUGAAGCAUUGCAUGCUAUUGUGCAAUUUCUUAUGGAGCAAGAUUUGUUUGAUAUUUGUCUAUCCUGGAUUCAACAUCUGGUCGAAGUGGUGUUAGAAAAUGGACCUGAUGCAUUGGCCAUUCCCAUGGAGUUGAAGAAAGAGCUUCUGUUGCACUUUACAUGAGGCAGCUUCCACGAUGGAUCCACCAGAGAAUUGGGAAGGUUCAGC